GUGCGCGCGCAGGCUCUUCAGCUGGAGCGGACACACGGUGUGCGAACCGAACGGAAUAACCCGCCCCCAGCGGGAUGUGAAGGACUCCGGGUGAGGCCGGCCACGCCCCGCACGGAUGCAAAGGCUGUUGUAACUGUGUUGAUUGCAGUUUACUUACUACUGAGUUUCUCAUUGCAAUCAUGGAGGAGAAACAGCAGAUUAUAUUGGCUAAUCAAGAUGGUGGGACAGUAGCAGGAGCAGCACCUACCUUUUUUGUCAUCCUGAAACAGCCAGGAAAUGGCAAGACUGAUCAAGGAAUUUUGGUUACUAAUCGGGAUGCCUGUGCUUUGGCUAGUAGGGUGUCAUCACCAGGAAAAUCUAAAGGGAAGAUUUGCCUUCCAGCUGAUUGUACUGUGGGAAGAAUCACUGUCACUCUUGACAACAAUAGUAUGUGGAAUGAGUUCCAUAAUCGAAGCACAGAGAUGAUUCUGACCAAGCAGGGAAGACGCAUGUUUCCUUACUGUCGUUACUGGAUAACGGGUUUAGAUUCAAAUUUGAAGUAUAUCCUUGUCAUGGAUAUAUCUCCUGUGGAUAACCAUCGUUAUAAGUGGAAUGGUCGUUGGUGGGAACCUAGUGGAAAGGCUGAACCCCAUGUUUUGGGGAGGGUUUUUAUUCAUCCAGAAUCUCCCUCCACAGGUCAUUAUUGGAUGCAUCAACCUGUAUCUUUUUAUAAACUCAAACUUACCAACAAUACACUGGACCAAGAAGGGCAUAUCAUCUUGCACUCUAUGCAUCGCUACUUGCCAAGACUUCAUCUGGUACCUGCAGAAAAGGCUACAGAGGUGAUACAACUGAAUGGUCCUGGUGUCCACACUUUUACCUUCCCACAGACUGAAUUCUUCGCAGUAACAGCAUAUCAGAACAUUCAGAUUACCCAGUUGAAAAUAGAUUACAAUCCGUUUGCCAAAGGCUUUCGCGAUGAUGGGCUGAAUAGUAAACCCCAGAGAGAUGGAAAACAAAAGAACAGUUCUGACCAGGAAGGGAAUAGUGUUUCCAGUUCUCCUGGUCAUCGGGCCCGUCUUACGGAAGGUGAGGUUCCAGAGGUACAGCCAAGUGAUUUGGAUCCUUUGUCAAGGAGUCAUGAAACAUCAGGCAAAAGUUUGGAAAAGCCUUCCCUUAAUAUAAAACAAGACUUUGUUGGUUUCAUGGAAACCGAUUCAGCACUUGAAGUUUCUCAAUUGAAGCAAGAGGUUUCUGAAAGUCUUGUUGCCAACAGUUUUGAUGAUGGCUCCCAUGUUGCCUCACCAUUAGAUCCAAAUGGAAACUUCAAGGUUGUUAUUAAAGAGGAACCUCUAGAUGAUUAUGACUAUGAGCUUGGUGAGUGCCCAGAAGGGAUCACUGUGAAACAGGAAGAGACAGAUGAAGAAACAGAUGUCUACUCAAACAGCGAUGAUGACCCUAUACUAGAGAAACAACUAAAGAGGCACAAUAAAGUUGGUAACCUCGAAGCUGACCAUCAGUCUUCUAAAUGGCUACCAAGUAGCCCAUCAGGUGUUGCAAAAGCAAAAAUGUUCAAUUUAGAUGCUGGGAAGAUGCCAGUAGUCUAUCUGGAGCCAUGUGCUGUCACCAAAAGUACAGUGAAGAUUUCUGAGCUGCCGGAUAAUAUGCUUUCCAUGUCGCGGAAAGAUAAAUCUGGGUUGUCAGAAUUCGAAUAUUUGCCUGCAUACAUUGAAAAUUCCAGUGGUACUGGCUUCUGUUUAGGCAAGGAAUCAGAAAAUGGUCUUAGGAAGCUUUCACCAGAUCUCAGAGUGGUACAAAAAUAUCCCUUAUUUAAAGAGCCUCAGUGGAAAUACCCGGAAAUGUUUGAUGGCAUCAGCACAGAAGGAAUACUUGAGAGUUCAAAGGAUUCUGCUGGGAACUUAUUUUCAGUAAAAGAGGAUUUGGGCAGAAAGAGAACAACUAUGUUUAAGAUCACAACUACUCCAAAGGCUCUAGGCACUCAUCAGAAUGUCCCUCCAAAUACUCCUGGAAAAAGAGGAAGGCCACGGAAAUUGAAAUUCUCUAAAGCAGGGAGACCACCCAAAAACACAGGAAGGUCUCUAAGUUCUACAAAGAACAUCCCUGUGGGCUCUGGGAGUACCUUUCCAGAUGUAAAGCCUGAUUUGGAAGAUGUGGAUGGUGUUCUUUUUGUUUCCUUUGAAUCAAAGGAAGCACUGGACAUUCACACUGUUGAUGGAACAGCAGAAGAACCCUCUAGUCUACAGGCAUCAACCACAAAUGACCCAGGUUGCAGAGCACGAAUUUCUCAGUUAGAAAAGGAUUUAAUAGAAGAUUUGAAGUCCUUGAGGCACAAGCAAGUGAUACAUCCUGGUCUUCAAGAGGUGGGCUUAAAAUUGAAUUCAGUGGAUCCAACAAUGAGCAUUGAUCUUAAAUACUUGGGAGUACAGCUACCUUUGGCUCCAGCCACUAGCUUUCCAUUUUGGAACCUUACAGGAACCAACCCUGCCUCUCCUGAUACUGGGUUUCCCUUUGUUUCUAGGACAGGGAAGACCAAUGACUUUACCAAGAUCAAAGGAUGGAGGGGGAAGUUUCAUAGUGCUUCUGCAUCUAGGAAUGAAGGUGGAAAUUCAGAAGGUUCGUUGAAAAACCGUUCUGCUUUCUGCAGUGAUAAGCUAGAUGAAUACUUGGAAAAUGAAGGCAAACUGAUGGAAACAAGCAUGGGUUUCUCUGCCAAUGCUCCUACAUCUCCUGUAGUAUACCAGCUUCCCACCAAGAGUACUAGUUAUGUGCGAACACUUGAUAGUGUAUUAAAGAAGCAAUCUAUAAUUUCCCCUUCUACCUCUUACUCUUUGAAGCCUCAUUCUGUUCCCCCUGCCUCUCGAAAGGCAAAGUCUCAAAGCAAACAGGCAAGUUUCAGUGGCCGAACUAAAUCAUCCUAUAAAUCCAUUUUACCAUACCCUGUGUCUCCAAGGCAGAAACACUCUCAUAUGAUUCCGGGAGAUAAGGUUGCCAAGAACUGUUCAAGCACAGUUUCAGAAAAUCAGGUGAAUAACUUUGUUGGGCCAACUUUAGAUGAAAAUGGAUUUCCAAAACAGAUUAGUUUGAGGCAAGCACAGCAGCAGCAGCAGCAGCAGCAGCAGCAACAGGGAACUCGUCCUCCAGGCUUGUCUAAAUCUCAGGUGAAGCUAAUGGAUCUGGAAGACUGUGCACUUUGGGAAGGAAAACCAAGGACCUAUAUCACCGAAGAGCGAGCAGAUGUAUCCUUAACAACUCUGCUAACUGCUCAGGCAUCUCUGAAAACUAAGCCCAUCCAUACAAUCAUAAGGAAACGAGCCCCUCCAUGCAACAAUGACUUCUGUCGACUGGGUUGUGUAUGUUCCAGUUUAGCUUUGGAGAAGCGCCAGCCUGCUCAUUGCCGCCGACCAGACUGUAUGUUUGGCUGCACUUGUUUGAAAAGAAAAGUUGUACUUGUUAAAGGGGGAUCCAAAACUAAACCUUUCCAGAGGAAAGCUGUUCCUCGAGAUCCAGUAUUUUAUGAUACUGUAGGAGAGGACACAAGGGAAGAAGAAGAAGGAUUGAGGGAGGAAGAAGAACAAUUGAAAGAGAAAAAGAAGAGAAAGAAGCUGGAAUACACUGUAUGUGAAACAGAGCCUGAACAGCCUGUUCGACAUUACCCAUUAUGGGUGAAAGUAGAAGGUGAAGUAGAUCCAGAGCCGGUCUAUAUCCCCACACCUUCUGUUAUCGAGCCUAUGAAACCAUUGUUAUUGCCUCAGCCAGAAGUUUUACCACCUACUGUGAAGGGCAAACUGCUCACUGGAAUUAAACCUGCGCGGGCAUAUACUCCAAAACCCAAUCCUGUGAUUCGGGAAGAAGACAAAGAUCCAGUCUACUUGUACUUUGAAAGUAUGAUGACUUGUGCCCGAGUUCGAGUAUAUGAGCGAAAAAAAGAGGAACAGAGACAACCAUCCCCAGCCCCAUCCCCACCCCCAUCAUUUCAGCAGCAGAGCUCAUGUCAUUCUAGUCCUGAGAACCAUAGUGCAAAGGAACCUGAUUAUGAACAGCAGUCCUUAAAACAACUCUCUUGUGACUUGGAGGAUGAUAAAUCACAAGAAAAGAGUCAGAAGUCUUCCUGCAAUGAAGGGGAAUCCUCUUCUACCUCUUACGUGCAUCAGAGGUCACCUGGUGGUCCCACCAAACUGAUAGAAAUCAUCUCAGACUGCAACUGGGAAGAGGAUCGGAACAAGAUUUUGAGCAUCUUAUCCCAGCACAUCAAUAGCAACAUGCCACAGUCACUUAAGGUGGGCAGCUUCAUCAUUGAGUUGGCUUCUCAGCGAAAGAACCGGGGUGAGAAGAACCCUCCUGUUUAUUCUUCCCGUGUGAAAAUAUCUAUGCCAUCAUGUCAAGACCAAGAUGAUAUGGCUGAGAAAUCUGGAUCAGAGACUCCUGAUGGUCCAUUGUCCCCUGGGAAAAUGGAUGAUGUCUCUUCUGUGCAGACAGAUGCUCUGGAUUCAGUGAGGGAGAGAUUACAUGGAGGCAAAGGCCUGCCAUUUUAUGCAGGGCUUUCUCCUGCGGGGAAGCUUGUGGCCUAUAAACGUAAACCCAGUUCAAGCACAUCUGGGCUUAUCCAGGUUAAUGGUAAGAGUUACCCGCAGGCUAAGUUGCUAUUGGGACAGAUGGGGGCAUUGCAUCCAGCCAAUAGGCUAGCUGCUUAUAUCACAGGCAGGUUGCGACCCUCAGUCCUGGACCUCUCAACCCUCAGUACUGUCAUCUCCAAGGUAGCAUCCAAUGCCAAGGUGGCUGCAUCCAGGAAACCACGUACCCUGUUGCCUUCAACAUACAAUUCCAAAACGGCAUCCUCCUCCGGCACAACAACAAAUCGCCCUGGGAAGAAUCCGAAGGCGUUUGUCCCAGCAAAAAGGCCAAUUGCGGCUCGACCCUCUCCUGGUGGUGUGUUCACACAGUUUGUGAUGAGUAAAGUUGGAGCCUUGCAGCAGAAGAUACCUGGAGUUAGCACACCCCAACCCCUGACAGGCCCACAGAAGUUCAGUAUCAGACCUUCUCCAGUAAUGGUCGUCACACCUGUGGUUUCUUCUGAGCCAGUUCAGGUGUGCAGCCCUGUGACUGCUGCUGUCACUACUACCACCCCUCAAGUGUUUUUAGAAAAUGUUACUGCUGUGACACCUAUGACUGCUAUUUCUGACGUGGGAACUAAAGAAACUACUUAUUCUUCCGGUGCCACCACUGCAGGUGUUGUUGAGGUCUCUGAAACUAAUACCAGCACCCCUGUAACAUCUACCCAGUCUGCAGCCACUGUGAACCUUACCAAAACUACUGGGAUAACUACCCCUGUGGCUUCAGUUGCUUUUCCUAACUCUUUGGUAGCAUCUCCUCCAACCAUAACUCUUCCUGUUGCUUCCACUGCCUCCACCUCCAUAGUCAUGGUGACCACAGCUGCAUCUUCCUCCAUGGUGACCACACCAACUUCAUCUCUGGGCUCUGUUCCAAUUUUACUCUCGGGAAUUAACGGGAGUCCACCAGUGAGCCAGAGACCAGAGAAUGCCCCUCAGAUUCCAGUGGCUACUCCACAGGUCUCUCCCAACACAGUGAAACGAACUGGACCUCGACUGUUGUUGAUUCCAGUGCAGCAGGGCUCUCCUCCUGUGAGACCUGUUCCAAACACACAGCUUCAGGGGCAACGGAUGGUCUUACAGCCUGUAAGGAGUCCAAGUGGAAUGAAUCUUUUCAGGCACCCUAAUGGGCAGAUUGUCCAGCUCCUACCUUUACAUCAACUUCGAGGAUCUAAUAUCCAGCCCAGCUUGCAGCCUGUUAUGUUUCGGAACCCAGGGUCUGUGAUGGGAAUCCGGUUACCUGCUCCUUCCAAACCUUCUGAGACUCCACCAUCUUCUGCUUCAUCCUCUACUUUCUCUGUCAUGAAUCCUGUUAUUCAGGCUGUUGGGUCUUCUCCAGCAGUGAAUGUUAUCACUCAGGCACCAUCACUGCUUUCCUCUGGAACUAAUUUUGUGUCUCAGGCUGGUACCUUGACCCUGAGGAUUUCUCCUCCUGAACCACAAAGCUUUGCAAGUAAAACAGCAUCUGAAACCAAAAUAACCUAUAGCUCAGGAGGACAACCUGUUGGUACAGCCAGUCUUAUUCCUCUCCCAUCUGGUAGUUUUGCCUUGUUGCAGCUUCCAGGACAAAAGCCUGUCCCUAGCUCCAUUCUUCAACAUGUUGCUUCCCUUCAGAUGAAGAAAGAACCCCAGAAUGCAGACCAGAAAGAUGAAACAAAUUCUGUAAAAAGAGAGCCAGAGACUAAGAAAGCUCAGCAGUCAGAAGGGGGAGCUGUAGACUUUGAGGCUAAUACGAUUAAGCAAAACUCAGGAACUGCUGCUGCCUCAGAAGAAACCCCACAUGAUUCCUUGGGAGAUGGAGGUGAUCAUUUGGCUGAAGAAUCCUUCACAGAAGAAGGUCCUGCAAUUGUGAAAUCUUCUGAGCGCUCCUGUAACACUGGGUCACACACAGGAGAAGACUCUGAAAAUGCUAAUGAAGAGUAUGGAACUAGGAAUCAUAACAGUUCCAAAGAAGAUGUGAAGGUGGAACAGCAGAAAGGAUUUGACGAUCCAGAGAGAAAAUCCAGUGCAUUUCCAGUCAUCUCUAAGGAAGGAAGUAAAUGUGAAUUAUCAGGGAGUAGAAUUGUGGAGCAGCCAUCUAACACACAGCCAGAGGCCAAGGCGAAGGGAUGUGGAGACACCCUGGAGAAGGACAGUAGUAAAGAGAGAUGGCGAAAACACCUGAAGGGCCCCUUUACCCGAAAGAGCAUUGAAACUUCACGAGAAUGUAAGAAAGAGGCAGAGGAACAAUUAAUUAAAGAAACGAAGACAUGUCAAGGAAAUUCAGAUGUGUUUCAACAAGCACAAGGCAUCUCUGACUUACUUGCAAGAAGUGAAACUGCUGAGAAUGCCAGAGGUUUAAAAACUGAAGGUGAUUCUUGGAGUAGGAUUUCUAAUCCUGCAGCCUUCUCCAUUGUUCCUAGGAGAGCUGCAAAAGGCAGCAGAGGGAAUGGACGUGUCAAGGGUCACUUACUGCUACGAGAACAGAUACAACCAAAGCAAGAGAAGAAGGGUGGGAGAAGCAGUGCUGACUUCACUGUUUUGAAUUUGGAAGAGGAGGAUGAGGAAGAUGAAAAUGAGAAAACCGAUGAUUCUGUUGAUGAAAUUGUGGAUGUUGUUUCUGACUACCAGAGUGAGGAGGUUGAUGAUGUAGAAAAGGUGAAUAAUUGUGUAGAAUACAUUGAGGAAGAUGAGGAGCAGGUGGACAUUGAGACUAUAGAAGAGCUGUCAGAGGAAAUUAAUAUUGUCCACAAGAAGACCACAGCUGCUCACACGCAGUCAUCCAAACAGCUGUGCCGUACCCAUAUCCCUGCAGAUGAAAAAGCUGGUGAACGGAGUCGAAAGGCUCCACCAGUUCCACUUAAACUGAAGCCUGAUUACUGGAGUGACAAACUACAGAAAGAAGCAGAAGCUUUUGCUUAUUAUCGCCGGACACAUACUGCCAAUGAGCGGCGUCGGCGUGGAGAAAUGAGGGAUCUCUUUGAGAAACUGAAGAUCACUUUGGGAUUACUUCAUUCUUCAAAGGUUUCCAAAAGUCUCAUUCUUACUAGGGCGUUCAGUGAAAUUCAGGGACUAACAGAUCAGGCAGACAAAUUGAUAGGACAGAAAAAUCUCCUGACUCGAAAACGGAAUAUUCUGAUACGGAAAGUAUCAUCUCUUUCAGGUAAGACAGAAGAAGUGGUCCUGAAGAAGCUAGAAUAUAUUUAUGCAAAACAACAAGCAUUAGAGACACAAAAAAGAAAAAAGAAGAUGGGAUCAGAUGAGUUUGAUGUGUCUCCCAGAACUAACAAGCAGCAGGAAGCAUCUUGUACAUCGUCUGUAGAUCUCGGACAGAUGUUUAUAAAUAACAGGAGGGGGAAACCUUUGAUUCUUUCCAGAAAAAGAGACCAGGCCACAGAAAAUACCUCACCUUCUAACUCUCCACACACCUCUGCAAACCUCGUGAUGACUCCACAGGGGCAAUUGCUCACGUUGAAAGGUCCCAUGCUCUCAGGACCAGUGGUGACUGUUUCUCCUGCUCUCUUGGAACCUGAUCUAAAGCCUCAAGUUGCCAGUAGUGCUAUGGCUCAGUCAGAAAAUGAUGACUUAUUUAUGAUGCCACGGAUCGUUAAUGUGACGUCACUGGCCACAGAGGGAGAUCUGGUAGAUAUGGAUGGCUGUAAAUAUCCCCGUGAAGUUACUGAUGGCAAGCCACUUGACCACCAGAAAGAUACCAUCAGGAAUGAAGACAAUCCCUUAGAGGAUUUGAGUAGAAUCUCUUCCAAAGGAAAUCAUAGAGAUGGCAGAAUGGUGUUGAGUCCAACACAGGUUUUUCUGGCAAAUAAAGAUUCUGGUUUUCCACAGAUAGUUGACGUUUCCAAUGUACAGGAAGUACAGGAGUUCUUACCUAAAAAGAAUACUAGUGAUGUGAGAGGAGUUCACUAUAAAUGGAAAGAGAGUGAGUCAAGAGGGGAGAGGCUGAAGUCAAAAGAUUCUCCAUUUCAUAAAUUAAAGAUGAAAGAUCUAAAGGACUCCAGCAUAGAGAUGGAACUGAGGAAAGUAGCAUCAGCUAUCGAGGAGGCAGAACUGGAUUCCGGUGAAUUGCUCACAAACCUGGAAGACGAGGAUGACACUGACGAGACACUGACAUCACUGCUCAAUGAGAUUGCCUUCCUUAAUCAACAGCUGAAUGAGGACUCUGUUAGUAUGGCUGAACUGCCCAGCUCUAUGGAUACAGAGUUCCCAGGGGAUGCUCGGCGUGCUUUUAUCCGUAAACUUCCUUCUGGGAACAGAGCAACUUUCCAGGUUGGCCACUUGGGACCUGGUUUGAAAGAUUUACCUGAUGUUCAAGGGGAGAGUGACUCCAUAAGUCCCCUCCUCUUACAUUUGGAAGAUGAUGACUUUUCUGAGAAUGAAAAACAACUUGCAGAACCAGCUUCUGAGCCAGAUGUCCUUAAGAUUGUUAUUGACUCUGAAAUAAAGGACUCUCUCCUUUCCCAUAGGAAAGCUAGUGAUGGAGAGAAGAGUACUUCUGGCCUCACUACAGAGCCUGAAAAUAUGUCCUCACCCCCCAUCCUACAGAUGAAAACUGGCGUGGAGAACAGCAGUACUGAUACUUUGUGGAGGCCUAUGCCAAAGUUGGCACCUUUAGGUUUAAAAGUAGCUAAUCUUUCUAAUGAUACAGAUGGUCAGAGUCUUAAGGUGAUGCCUUGCUUGGCACCUGUACCUGCCAAAGUUGGGUCAGUUGGAAAUAAAAUGAACUUAACAGGGAGUGACCAGGAAGGCCGGGAGAGCAAGGUGAUGCCUACGUUGGCACCUGUUAUGGCUAAAUUGGGCAACUCUGGAGCCUCAUCAGGUUCUGCAGGGAAAUGAAAGUAUUUGUCUUCAGGCAGAAGCCAGAUUGUGAGGGAAAAUUGGAUCUCACCUUCUUUCUCUGCAGGCAUCUGUGUAUUUGUGUCAUAGAACAGUGAUCUUUGACUUAGAUGAUGCAGCGAAUAAUGAUAGAGAAAGAGGGUAGGGUGCUGAUGCUGGUACAAGAAAUAUUAAGGAAUUCUGAUCAUGUUAAAUGUGUUACCUCAAUUGUGGUGCUGGGUCCCCUCAUCCUAAGAAGACAUGAUCCAUUUACUGAACUUGAGGUGCCCCCUUGCCCAAGGAAUUCAUAACAAGACUGGCUCUGUAGUGAUUCCUAGUUAUCUCCCAGCACCCACCCCACCCCAAGAGAAAAAGCUGCUUGAGACUUUGGGGCUCUUAUGGACUGAACUGUAGCUGAUAGCUGUCCUGUUAAGUCUGAAAUCUAAGGAAUAUGAUGCACUUGUGUAAAAGGGAUCCAGAACAGAUAGCUUUUAGGUGUUUCAAAAAUAGGGGGAAAUGAUUAUCAUGGAAUACCAAAGUGAAGGAGUUAGUAUCAUUUAGCAAAAUUUUCUCUUUGGUCUCCCAAGUAGCUUCCAUUCCGUCACUUUUUCUAUUGGAAUUAUAAAUUCAAGCCUUUUCGUAAAGUAGGGUUACUUUUAACUUUUACUAUUAAGGUAAUUACUUCGAGGUGUUAAAAAAAAGUUUUCCCUGUUGUCUUUGUGGAUGUUGGAAAAGGACAUUGCACCAUGCCAGGCAUUUCUACUGGGGAAUAUUGGUUUUGGACGUAGGCAAAGAAGGGGGCCCUCUGCCUUUCACAAAUCAUGUCACUCAAGAGAUAGCUAAAAUGAAAAGCAUUUUCUCCCUAGAUCAGCGACAGUGGCCAAAAUUAAAAAAAAAAAAAAAAAUUGUGGGGCUGGAUAUUUCCUGAGUCAAACCAGUCUCCUGGUGCUUGAAGGUUUCAUUCACUAUUACCUGCACAGGAUGUAAAGAAAAGUCACAGUAGGCACUCUUUACCAGGGAAAUAAGGCAGUAUUUGAAUCACAAGAUAUAUUUUUUAUCUGCAACCAUGGAUUCAGUGAUAUGUAGAGAUUUUUCACUCAUUAGCUGUCAAGGUAUGAAGGACUGACAGCCUGUAAAGAUAAAGAUAUUUAUAUUUUUGUAUAGUUGUUUUCAUAGAUUUCUCAAAGGCUGAAGUUUUCAACCUAGAAGAUGAGAUUUGUAUUGAGUAUAGAAAUGUUUCCUAUCUAGUUUGUAAAUAAUCAUGGUGCACUUGAGGGGUCUCUUGGAAACUCCUAGGGGCAAGAAUCACUAUUCUGAAAAUGUAUAGACUGGGAAUUAGCUGCUGCAUUUUGCCUUUCUUAAAUAAUUAUAUUUUGGAAUGUAACCCCUGUUCUGUCUUCACUGACAGGAUUUGCUUGUGUUGUAAAACACUAACACAAGAGCUUCCAGUGCCUGGGCUGUGCCUAGGUGAUUCUGUUUGUUCUGCAUCCCUUGUCUCUGUAUCCCAAAUCCCGCUCAGCGUAUCUUAAGACCUGGGUUGUCAGACCAACUGAGGAGUGUAUCUAGCCAGUGAAUUGUUAACUUCCAUAUUUGAUUCCCUUUCUGUUAACUCUGAAAAGGGUGGGGAAACUUCUGCAAAUUGAAGUGAGAGCACAUUCUUUGUUGGUUUUAUGCUGCUUACCUUUCUAGGCUUGCUCAUCAAUACUUAUUAACCUUUCCUCCACUGAGGGUUGCUGUAGAAACAUGAAGUAGGUAAAGAGUGCUCCUCAGCUUCUCAUUGUCCCUUUCAUUCUUUACCCAGCAGAUUUCUUUCAAUGCCUUAGCCAAGGAAUCCAGCACCUGUCUUCCCUGCUAAUAAUUGUCCUUGGAGAUACUAGUACUUUAACCCAGGUAAUGGCAGUUUCCCACUGUUUCCUUGCUUGUCUCUUCCCAUUUCCUCCUGACUUCCCAAGGCUCUUAAGGCUUUUGAAGGUCAAAGAGCAGGCAAGUGAGUAAUCCUCAGGAAAAGGACCAUUUUAGCUUCUGAGCUUCUGAACAUUUUAGCUUCUGAGCUUUCCUUUUUAUAAAAAGAAGAAAAUAAGCAAACCAGUCAUAAUUCUCGAUUGGAGGAUGUUUGACUGUUUAUAAGAGAUGUACAAAGGUGGAAAUGAGGGGUGAUUCUGGAUGUUCAGGGAAGGCUGCGGAUGUCAUUGCAAACUCCCAACAUACGGUGUUCUUAAGACCUCUUAGAACUAGGAAUUGCCAGGGCUAAUUUGAGAAGGGCUUAGUCUUUAGAACAGGCUGUAGUCUUUGACAAAAAUCUGAAGUCUCCAAAAACCCCUCCCCUUUAAUGUUGACCCAGGAGAAACUGAUUAUGAAAAUUACAAAUGUGGUUUUGAGAUGUAGAGUGAGAGGAGUUGAGGAACCUGAAAGACAGUGAGCUCUUACCGACUCUUUUAAGAAGAAGCAUGAUCUCACUACACCAAUAAUUCGCCUUUUUAUAUACAUCUGUAAAUAAAUGGAAUGUUUUUAAGAAUAUAAUUAUGCCAGAUUUAGCAUUUCCUUUUAUAUAUUAAAUAUAUAUAUAUAUAUAUAUAUAUCUUUCCUUUUCUGCUUUUGAAAAGUGACUAUUUUUUUAGAAACCGAAGACAGAAGAAGUUUGGUGACUGAAAGGCAGAAUAUAAACCUGAAGUAAAUCAGUUAUACUACUUAAAGCAGGACUUGGUGUUGGGAGGUCUGUGCCGAGUUGGAAAUAAAGAAUUCUAAUGCCCUGAGGUAUAUUUGAGAGAGGUGCCACUGAAGUAGUUUUAUUAAAGGAAUUCCUUCCUGUUCUCAGAAGUUUCUGACAUGCCAUUUGGGGGAGGUUUUCGGUGUUCUAAUCCUUAAAGCUUGUUUUUAUGUGAAAGCUCUGAAAUUUUGUACAACUCGAUGGCAAGUAUGUUUCAGAAGUCAUCCUCCAGUCUGUUACCUUGGAAAAUAAUGAGACGUGAACACAGUCUUAGUGGCUAGACAGUAAGUGUUAAGUCAGGAUAGGGGAGGGGACUUUAACAAGUUUGUGGAAAAUGAGAUUGAGAGGUUUAUUUUGGUGGAGAAAACUUUGAGAUGGGUACAUAAUUUCUUCAUAAUCUUCAUUUACCGUGAACUUUUUUGAAGACCCUCUUACAUGUUAAUUAUUUUCAUAAUUUACAAAGAGAUUUUAUUAAAUUUAGACAUUGAACUACUCUUAAUCUAUUUAAGGUCACUAACAGAUCAAGCUCCUUUAUGUAAGCUUCUUACAAAUUUGUUCACUUUGUGUAAUUUUAUAGUUCAUGAAGUUGAAGUUCAUGAAGUUUUUCUCCAGAAUUAUGGAAAUGUUUUGAACACAGAAGAAAAUGAAACAAUCAAUAUAUUAUUUUGGGCAGGGUUUAGCAAUAUAAAUUUUUUUUUCUUACUGGCUAAAAUUUUUGAAAUGGGAUGGGAUGAAGCAAAAUGAGAAUCAAAUGUAAUUUGAAGACUGAUCUAGAGAAUAGUGAUAGUUCAUGUUCCUCACUCCUAGAAAUUUUAUAAACAAAACCCAAAAAACAUGCAGUGUAGGCAGCACAUUUUCAGGUACUUUAAUAGAGAUAACCAAGAAUCAGAAUAUGUUUCUUGCACAGAAUUGUUCAUUUUGGAGGAAGUGCUGUAAGGGCAUCAAUACUUUGAUGUCAUUGUAUUCUUGAUACUGAAAUUUCACAAGUGGCUGAGUGCCCAGAAAACUAAAGCUAAAGAAUUCAGACUCACUGCCAGUUCAAGAAAGUUAUUAGUUAAAAUGCAUUUUUGCAUAAUGGAAAUAAUUGAUAUGUACUUUUAGACUGAGGUAUACCUGUAGUACAUUAAAUUUGAACUGCUCCACAAAGGCAUCUAAGUGUUGAGUACUAGUAGUAGAGGUGUGUUGGAGGGUGGGGAGGCACACCAUGGGAACUGGAAAUUUUGGGACAAAUCUAGACUAUUAAAUUGUGUUACUGUAAACUCUGCUGGUAGAAGAGAUUCUGUUAAAUAGGAAAGCAGCCUUGGGAGCAUUGUUUUCGACCCAUCCUGUUUCCAAUUGCAUUCACCGGUCUCAGCUGUCUCACAGUGCCUUGCAUGGAAAGGUGCUCAAUAAAUAUUUGAAUCGA